UUGGUGCAGGAAGCGAAAGAGGCGGAAAAGGCAUUUAUCCUUGAGAAUAGGCCUGUUGAAAAUGGGACUGUUGAGAAUGGGCCUGUUGAAAAUGGGACUGUUGAGAAUGAGACCGUUGAGAACGGAACCGUUGAGAGUGAGACCGUUGUGAACGGAACUGAUGAUGCUGAGGAUGAAGAGAACCUUGAAGCUGAGGAGGUUGAGGAGGAGAACCUUGAUGACACACUAGUAAUACCUUUCUCUGAUCCCCUCAGUCCCUGUCUCACCUUUACCAUUUCUCCCCGGUUUCCUCCCAUCCAGCAUAACCUUUUUGUAUAAUAGGACUGUUCUUACAGAAGAGUCUGAUGCUGUUGUAAAAAAUUAUGAUAUGAACAUUUAUAUGGAGAUAUAUUAAGAAAAAAGUACAUUAAGCAAACUUCUCAACUCACUUUGGGAUGCUGCCAAACCGAAGAGAUUGACCUGGUGCAUGAGCAUCACAGAGAAAUUAUUUUUUAUAUUUUUUUUCAAGGAGGUGGCCAGGGACAGCAGAGAAAGUAUUGCCCAGCUGAACCUGUGAUCUUCCUCUAACAAAUUCCACAGGCUUUUAGAGGGUGCUGUUUCAAGAAGAGUGCAAAUUGAGUUCAUUUUACUGGACCAGCUUCAUGGGUAUUUCUGGGAAAACAGUUCAGCCGCCCUCUGCUUUUGCAGUUAUCCAGAGUACCAGGCCGGUUUAUUUUCCAUUUAAGUUGCAAUGAUGUGGUACUGUUGACUGGACUGAUUUAGCUGGCUUCCGGCAGUGUGAUAAUAUGCAGUCUUCCUUGCUACAGCAUACAUCAUUGCAAACCUCUCAUUUCUCUCCACAGCACCAAUAUGCUGCUAUUCAUCACCUUGUAACCAUAUGUAAUUUCCCUUCAUUUAUUCAUGCAUUUUCCUUUACUCAGAGGAGCUGCUGAUGCUGAUGCCUUACUCUGUGAUGUCUUUGAACAUGUGACUCCAGCAGUAGGGCUGCUCCCCUCCUGGUGUUUGUGUGCCCAUGACAGCUGCUGAGUCAUUACUAUUCAAAUACAUAGUAUUUUCCCCCUUGACGGCACAUGGGUGUUUUCACUCUAGGAAAGAGAGGUUCCGAUGGAGGAGUGCAAUGGAGAUGAACACACAGAGGAGAUGGAAGCAGAGGUGGGAGGAGGAACAGGAGAGGAGGCAGCAGAAGAGGCCGCAGAAGAGAAGGUUUCAGAGGAGGAGGAGGAAGCCGCAGAAGACACUAAGGCCCCCGUGAAGGAGGAAGAAGCCCAGGAAGAAGUAGAGGAUGAGGAGGCUAAGGGAGAAGACGAUCAGCCGGUUUCUGAGGGAGAAGAGGAUUUGGGGUCGGAGGAAGAAGAAGAGGCCCCAGAGGUAACAGAGGUAUAUUCUGUCUGCGCUCCCAGCCCAUUGCAUGGUGUGGCCCCUGACGUGGAGUAAACGGAUCUUAUGCAUAUGUGG